AUGGGAGAUUGGCCUUGCAGUCCUGCGCGAAAACGAGUUCGAAGAUUAGAGAAUCCCGAACCUUCCUCCUCCACACGCAUAGAACCGGAAGCCGAAUCAGACUCAGAUAGUAAGAAAGUUGAAUUAUCGCCCUCUGAGUCUGUCGGGGACAGGCCCGAUCUCUUUGAUGAUGAAGAUGACUCUAGACCGAGCCAAACUGAAUUGGAGACCAGUCUGCCUCCGGUGAAAACGGAUCAAGAGGCUAUAGACGAGUAUGAAUUCUCCAAUACAUCCAGAUCGACGGAGCCGGAUCUUCAAGAGCGAUACGAAAAUGGACUGUGGGUAAAGGGGAGAAGCUCCAUCUACGUAGAUGCAUUUAAUCUAUCUCUACAGUGCGUUUUGCAGGAUGAAGCGCAUCUGUUUGAUGAAAAGGAGAUUGCUUUAUUCAAUUAUUGGCGAUCGCUGUCUUAUGAAUCUCAAUAUCUAUAUGUACGACUGUUUUUACGCAAAACCUCUGCCUGGCAUCGCAUCGAUCGACUCGGCUAUUACCAUGACAUCGGAGAUAUAUCUACCGCUAUUGAAGAGUUAAGAGCGACAAGAUAUCUUCCAGCUUCAUCGAACUCGGUAGAACAGUGUGUUCACGGAGUAACCCCGUGUGUAGAGGCAAAUCUUACCGAUGCGUUUCGUUUUGCUGAAGGUAUAGAAGAGAUAACCACUCUCGAAGAAGCGUCAUCCUUACUCUUUCUGGAUGAGUUGAAAGUCUUCGCAAAAGAGGCAAAAAUUCAAGGCAAAAAUAAGAAAGACUUACUGAAAGCCCUCCAGGAAGCUGGAAGCAGCCAAACUGGGUUGGGUUGGCUUCGUUCACAAACCUUGGAUGACGAUGGCUCCCCCGAAAUUGGAUUAAACCCAUCCAGCCGCCACACGAGACGGACAACUACUAAUGAGCUUUUCAUCAGAAAAAUUUUAAACCACAUCGGUGACUGCAUAAGACUCGCUUCGGCGCCGUUGAAGCUUUUUGAGCGUGUGCAUCUUGUCUUUUAUCGAUCCACAGAGUGGUCUGAAAAAUCAUUGACUACAAUAAUCCUAGCCAAGAUAUCACGAAGGAACUAUCCUGAGUACAUCGUUUUACGGUCAAACAGCAUAUUCCCGACAAGGUCAGCACUGCUUGAAUUCGAGGCCGCUAUUCGGAUCCAAUUCGAUCUUGAUAAUGCCAUGGAAUCUGGUAACCUUACGAUAUUAGACAAAUUGCAAAAGAUUAAAGACUUGUCGAGAAGCGUAUAUCCCCGAUGGAAAGCUCUGCUAAAGCAAGAGCACCUCAGAGAGAAUGGGUGCAAUGAUCUUGGCGAGAUCGUAUACCUACGACGCUUUUCUCCUGCCUGGGUAUAUACUCGAAUUGUUCACAAGGGUCUAUAUGCCUUAGGUCGGUUUAAGGAGUAUAACAAAGAACAUGAACUCCUGGUAGAAUUACUGGAGCAACGUUUCUUUCACCCAUCGCGACGGGGAGUUUGGUACCAACGCAAGGCGCUACUUGAAGAACAUUACAUGUGGAGCCUGGCACCAUUCGAGGGUCGCUCAGAAGAGGCUCAGAAAAGGAAAUGGAAACGGAAUGCCCUUAGGACCUGCGAGGAGGGUCUUCAAGACCCCGACUGUCAUCUUAUCUAUCAUUAUGAUUUACAAAAACGAAUCAUGAAGCUAGAAAGAUCGUUAAAUAUUGCAAAACGCGAGCAGCAUGAUUUCAGUCAUGUGAUGCUAACCAAGCCAGAGGAGAGGACCAUAGAGGGUAUUCGUGUGGAAAAGGAUCCCCCCAUCAAGCCUACUUCAAAACCAACUGGAGGUUACAGCUUUAGAGGCAGGCCUACAAUCUGGAUAGACGAGAGAGAAGGUGGAGGGGAAUGCAGAGUGGAAAGUAUGUGUCUGAGUUGGUAUCGGGAUAAUGGGUGGAAAGGAUAUCACUGUGAAGGUGGUAUUUUGCGUACGCUGUUUGGCUUGCUAUGCUACGAUAUAAUCUUCGCUUUCGUUCCUUGCGUUUUCCAAACUCCGUUUCAAACAUGCCCUUUAGAUUUGCAUACCGAUUCUUUCUAUUCUUCCCGGAUUUCGGAAAUGAAUCACCGCCUCGCGCAAAUAUCUAAUGGUGAGGCUGAGACACUCCUCCGGCAAGUCUAUGAACGAGAGUGCCCAAAGCAAACCUGUGCCAUUGGCAUUGACUGGUCUUUUGGGCUGGAGGACCUCGUAGAGAUUGUUCAGUGCUUUCAUGGCGAGGCCCUGGCAACUAUAUGCAAAGUUAUGGCACAAGAGUAUCAGCAGCGAGGGUCAGGUGUUCCGGAUCUUUUCCUCUGGAGUAUGGAGAGGAAAGAGGUGAUGUUCGUCGAAGUGAAGUCGCUGAAUGAUCGGCUGAGUGAUUCCCAGAGGCUUUGGAUACAUGUUUUAACGGGAGCAGGGGUAAGGGUUGAGCUGUGCAACGCUGUUGCCCGCGAAGUGAGGUAUCUGUAA